AUGUCUUUAUUUCUCUCCUCUCUCUGUAUCUCCCUCCUCGCUCUUCCUCACCCCUUUUUUUCUGACACCCCCCCUCUUCCAUAUCUCUCAUACUACUCUCUCUCUCUUCCUCCACAGUUCCAUAACCUUCAGGAGUUGAGGCAGAGUCCGUCUCUAGCCACCAAGGUGUUCAUCCAGAGAGACUACAGCGAAGGAACCGUCUGCCGAUUCCAGAUCAAGUUCCCCUCCGAGCUGGGCAGCAGGAUCGAGCGGACUCUGUUUGAGGACACAGUAAAGACAUUGAACACCUACUAUGCGGAGGCAGAGAAGGUCGGAGGCCAGUCCUACAUGGAGGGAUGUCUGGCGUGCGCUACAGCCUACUUCAUCUUCCUCUGUAUGGAGACACGCUAUGAAAAGGUAUUGAAGAAGAUCUCAGGGUAUAUCCAGGAACAGAAUGAGAAGAUCUACGCUCCCAGAGGUCUGCUACUGACCGAUCCUGUUGAGAGAGGCAUGAGAGUCAUCGAGGUGAGUGUGUUUGAAGACCGCGGUUCCAGCGGCUCUAGCCCCAGCAGCAAUGUGUCGUCUGGAAUCAGCCAGCGGUGACUGGAGGAACAGCACCAGGGAUAUGGGUACCAACAACACCACCACCACCACCACCACAGAGGCAGCGGAUCCCUCACCAACAUCCGCAUGCUGAAACAUGAGAGCACACGCUUCUGAAUAUAGAUGUAUAUGUAAUCAAUAUACUAUCUCUAGUUAUGAGUAUAGAUGUGUAUGUAAUCAAAAUACCAUCUAUUGUUCUGAGUAUAGAUGUAUAUGUGAUACAGGAAAUAGAUAUUGAAUGUAUAUACUAUCUAUAGUUCUGAGUCAGGAAGGAGAGAGAGAAAGGCCAGGAUUUGUAGGCUACUCUCAACAGGAAACUGAAGUACCAUGAGGCCAGGAGCUGACACAUGCAAUGAUAUAAUGUUCAAGCAGGCACACACCAAGUCAAACACUCUAAACACACAUCAUUGAAUAUCUAACAGAAUAUCUAAUAUCUAACAAUAUGCUUACACUCAUAUUUCUGCACACUUUCCCAACCUUCUACUCCUUUACCCAUGACCAUUCUACUUUUUCACCAUUCCCUGUGUUUCCAUGAGUUUAAUUAUGAUCAUUAUGCCAUAUCCAAUACAUCACUGUCAUCCUCAGUUGCGUUCAACAUUCAAUCAUGAGCAGCAAGAAACAAUUGUUAUCACUAGGAUUGACUAUUUUGAAGCAACAUUAUAACUACAGCAGUAGUAUAACUAUCACGUUGAAUGCUGGCAACUUACUGGUAAUCUUCUGGAAAAGACGCUUCAUUUCAGGCAGUGCGAGAACGAGGUCAGUGCAUUGUGAAUGCUUUCAGUGUGUUUGUGAAGGACUGCUAGUUAUUAUUGGUAAUAUUACAUGUAUCUGUCUGGGACUUCAAACUGAAACACCUUGGAUUAUUUAUCAAUGCUCAUUCAGAGCAUUGGGUGCUGAAGAUCAAUAUCACAGCUGAAGGUUACACUCACACACGCAGCCGCAUGUGCAAAACACACAGACUCAUACACUCAGGCGCAUAUGCAAACAUACACUCACGCACACACACAUGCACACACAGGCAAAUGCGCAAACACACACACACACCUGUGGCCACUGGCCUUGGGUUCCUGCAUACAAUAUCCUGGCAGCCACAUAUCCAUGUGGUCUCAGGUCACACACACACACACACACACACACACACACACACACACACACACAGGCACAUACUGUGCAUUAGGAAAGUAUUCAGAACUCUUGACUUUUUCCACAUUUUGUUACGUUACAGCCUUAUUCUAAAAUGUAUUAAAUAUUUUUUUCCCUCAUCAAUCUACACACAAUACCACAUAAUGACAAAGCAAAAACAGUUUUUUAGAAAUGUUAGCAAAUGAGAUUUGAAAUUGACCUCGGGUGCAUCCUGUUUCCAUUGAUCACCCUUGAGAUAUUUCUAAAACUUUAUUGGAGUCCACCUGUGGAAAAUUCAAUUGAUUGGACAUGAUGGAAAGGCACACACCUGUCUAUAUAAUGUCCCACAGUUGACAGUGCAUGUCAGAGCAAAAACAAAGCCAUGAGGUUGAAGGAAUUGUUCAUAGAGCUCCGAGACAGGAUUGUGUCGAGGCACAGAUCUGCAGAAGGGUACCAAAAAAUGUCUGCAGCAUUGAAGGUCCCCAAGAACACAGUGGCCUCCAUCAUUCUUAAAUGGAAGACGUUUGAAACCACCAAGACUCUUCCCAGAGCUGGCCGCCCUGCCAAACUGAGCAAUCAGGGGAGAAGGGUGGUGACCAAGAACCCUAUGGUCACUCUGACAGAACUCCAGAUUCCUCUGUGGAGAUGGGAGAAUCUUCCAGAAGGACAACCAUCUCUGCAGCACUCCACCCACUCUUCAGUAAAAGGCACAUGACAGCCCGCUUGGAAUUUGGCAAAAUGUACCUAAAGACUCUCGGACCUUGAGAAACAAGAUUAUCUGGUCUGAUGAAACCAAGACUGAACCCUUUGGCCUGAAUGCCAAGCGUCACGUCUGGAGGAAACCUGGCACCAUCCCUACGGUGAAGCAUGGUGGUGGCAGCAUCAUGCUGUUGGGAUGUUUUUCAGCGGCAGGAAAUUAGAGACUUGUCAGGAGCAAGGGCAUGAUGAACGGAGCAAAGAACACAGAGAUCGUUGACCUCAGACUGGGGGCGAAGGUUCACCUUUCAACAUGACAACGACCCUAAGCAGCCAAGACAACGCAGUACGGGCUUCGGGGCAAGUCUCUGAACAUCCUUGAGUGGCCCAGCCAGAGCCCGGACUUGAACCCAAUUGAACAUCUCUGAAGAGACCUGAAAAUAGCUGUGCAGCGACGCUCACCAUCCAACCUGACAGAGCUUUGGAGGCUCUGCAGAGAAGAAUGGGAUCAACUCCCCAAAGCUUGUAAACUCCCCAAGCUUGUAGCGUCAUACCUAAGAAGACUCUAGGCUGUAAUCGCUGCCAAAGAUGCUUCAACAAAGUUCUGAAUAAAGGGUCUGAAUAGUUAUGUAAAUGUGAUAUUUCAGAAUGAUUUUUUUAUAUAAAUUUGCAAAAAUGUAUAAAACCCUGCUUUUUUUGCUUUGUCAUCAUGGGGUUUGUGUGUAGAUUGAUGAGGGAAAAAACUAUUUAAUCCAUUUUAGAAUGAGGCUGAAAAAGUAUACUUUCCGAAUGCAUUGUACUCUCUCUUUCUCUCUCUCUCUCUCUCUCUCUCUCUCUCUCUCUCUCUCUCUCUCUCUCGCUCUCUCUCCUUCUCCCCUCCCUCCCUCUCUCCCACACACUCAGCCAAGCAGUGUUCUCUGUGGUCUCAGCUCAUUGGAAUCACAAGCAAACCUCCAUCCCUUUAAUAUAGCCAUGCUAGUCCCUGCCCUGGCCUGUAGCACUGCUAAACUGCCUGGCUAAUUGCAGAUUAUUCGUCGCUCCAAACGAGGCCUGUAUAAAGCUUAUUUAGACAGAUAUGGUUCACAGCGGAUUGACUCAGUGUAGUUUUAACACUACAGCUGGAUAACGACUGCUCUCUGGUUCUCUGGUCUCUCCGUAUAUGAAUGGGUGCUAAUAAUGAUGGCCCCUAGUAUGUAUGUUGGAUUAUUCUCCCCGCGCAUGCACUCUCACAUACACUCAUACAUGCACACACACACUUUCUCUCAAACACA